AUAUGAACCAUCAGCUUAGUCAGCAUAAAGCAAAACAAUCGGGUAGGGGAGAAACACUUCCCUAAUAAAUGACGUUUUCAUAGCAAAGGGAUCACUUAAACUUUAAUUGUAGGUCGUUAUACAACAGAUAUUCACUAUGAUUAAGUUAUUUUCUAUGAAGAAUCAGAAAAAGGAUGGUAGUGAUGUGGCUAAACAAGGAACACAGAAACGAGCUUCAGCGGCCCAGCUAAGAAUCACUAAAGACAUCAAUGAGCUGACAUUGCCGAAGACCUGUGACACAGAAUUCCCAGAUCCUGAUGAUCUUCUGAACUUCAAAUUAGUUAUUUGUCCAGAUGAGGGCUUUUAUCGAGGAGGCCGCUUUGUCUUCAGCUUCAAAGUCGGUCCAAACUACCCACAUGAGCCACCCAAAGUAAAAUGUGAAACAAUGGUGUACCAUCCCAACAUUGACCUGGAGGGGAACGUUUGCCUUAACAUUCUACGAGAGGACUGGAAACCGGUCCUUACCAUCAACUCUAUAGUCUAUGGGCUUCAGUAUCUCUUCCUCGAACCUAAUCCCGAGGAUCCAUUGAACAAGGAGGCAGCUGAAGUGCUACAGAAUAACCGACGGUUAUUUGAGCAAAAUGUGGUUAAGAGUAUGAAAGGUGGCUACAUUGGCAAUGUUUACUUUGACCGCUGCCUCAAAUGAUUCCAUACAAGUGGCUCCAGAGCUCUCAUCAUCUAAAUGGGUGUCCGGAGUGUGUUUAGCUUGGAGUUGAAUCAAGUUCGUGGCUUUUUUUAUACAUUACUUAGUAAUCAGCUUGCGGAGGAUGCUUCCUGUAUUUUUUUUCACAAUAAUAUUUAUUUCUUAAUCAUAUUAAAUUUGGUCAUAUAAAACUACUGAAAGGCUCAAAUAAACUGUACAUUGAUAUUCAGUCCAUUACUUUAUCUUCAUGUCAUUACCAUAUCAUUUUACUGUGUAUCUUUUUCAAUAUGCUUUAACUUAUCUCAUUGACCUUAAGUUGCCAUGAGAAGGUUGCUUGUGAUUCUCCUCCCAAGGGUACGUGCGGCUAAGGUCUGUGAGACCUGAUCUUUCCUUGUCGUGUUUGUCUUUUGUCUGUUUUCCUUAGAACCACGAAGAGCUUCAUCAGUGUUGAUAUGCUAUGUGACCAGUCUUAGUCACAGCCAGGAGUCUUCUCUCCCUCCAAGUCUAUUCCACUGCUGACAGCACAUACUAGCAAUAUUUGGGAUUAAAGGUGAUCUCAUGUGGCCUAGUAAAAAUAGCAAUUUGCUAAGUGGUCAAGUAACAUAUCAAUGGUAUCAAUGCAGAUCAUAUCCUCCAUUAGAUCAAUUUCACUGCUACGCAAUGAUAUGAGAGUUGUCAGCUAUUUUUAUCUGCAUAUUAUUAAUUUUAUUUUCUUCUUAUCAACCCAAAAUAUGGGCUUCAGGAUGUUAAAUUAUCCAGUUUCGUCCAGUAUUAAACGGUGGUUAAUUUGUUGCUUACCAUAUAUUGGAGUGCUAUUUAUUGAUAUAUGGCUUAUGUUUGGGGAUGUGACCAACAGGUGAAAGCAUAAUAAUUGGAUCACCGGGUGAUCUUAUUAGCACGAGCAGUCGCAGAAACUUGACAUUUAUGGCAGCAGAUGAUGUUAACUGCAAAUUAACAAGUGCUGUUCAAUAUCACAGGAUUUGUUGAUAGAUUUAACAAUUCUAUUAGGAUCUGAUACAGGUAAUGGCUUGACUUAAAGACUAGCAAUAACACUGACCAAACACUGUUGUUCGUGGUUGUGGGACAUUAGCUUGACAAGAGUUUAGAAACAUGAAAAAAUGUCUUGUAAGAUGAGGAUGUCGACAUUUUACAUGGGUUUCUUACGGCCACCAUACUUAUACCCUGUUAUCCAGCAUCUAGUUAACCUGUUUUGCUUUUUUAAAAUACUCAGCCAGUCUAUUACACAGCAUCCUUUAUACAGAAGGUUCUCAUAGAUCAUGAAAACCAGAUUAAUGUUUAGAUUCUUUUUCAUUACACUGUAGUACAUAACACACCCAAGGAACACACACAGACAAAUUUUUAGUCAUGAUGGAAGAGAUUAAAAUGAAAUGGUUCUCAGUAUUGAAAUAUGAGAUUUACUGGAUUGUAGACAAAUACAAUCAGAACUUGAACAUCAGAUUUUGUGGUGAAAGACUUUUAUGUAAAACAAAGAACAGAUUUUAUUCUCAAAUAAGAUAUUCUCCUGAACCAGAACUUUUAAGAAAACAAGGACUUUUAUGAAACCAACAAUGGGCAGAUUUUGUUCAGAUUAGAGAUUCUGCUGACCUACCUCCUGGGCAACAAGGCCUUUUUGAAACCAACAUUUGAAGAGGCGGGUAGUGGUGUUGAGGACGGUAUGAGUGACGGCAAGAGACAACCAGUAGCCAUGAUGUAAUGUUGCAGGGACAUUUAUGAGAUUGUUGUCGUCCAAGAAUUUACCCCAUUUACUUUUAAGAUUUAAGAUAUUUUGAUAUAUCUGUAUCACAUGGUUUUGGAUAGUAUUUAUAUAGCAGUUUGAAUGAAACAAAAGAGUAACUGUUGUUUGUUUCAUUUAAUGUUUUUUCCACUCACUAAUGUGGUGUAAUGCACUCUCCUAUGUAUUACAUAAUUUCACAAAUUAUGAAUUUCAGGAGAUGAGGAGGAAGCUACCUAAAAUGAUAUGUUGCUUUUUUAAAUUUAUUUUUUGAAAUGGGGGUUAAUUUGUUUGUAAUACACAAAAUAUAUGACAAACCAUUGUAUAUAAGCUGAAAUGUACAAUGUAUUUAUUUUUCUUUUGGUACAUUGUGCUGUACUGGCUCAUUUUUCUUCCUGCGUCUUGAAUGUUUUCUACCCAUUUUCCUUUUGCCGAAGUAUCGUUAGUUAUUGAACUUAAGAACAUAUUCUUUACCACAGUUGUGACAUCAUGAAAACAUAUACAAACAGAAAUGUGCUUUUGCAAACAAAAUUACUAGAAUAAAAUUCAGCAUUACCUGUG